AUGUCGAGUUUCAAGGAGAGUUCACCAAUGGAAACCGUCUCCAAGUUGAGGAAAAACUUGGUCAAAUCUUUUGUUUAUCAUCACAACACUCUUUGUCUCUUUCCUCCAUGCAAUGUAGAGGCUGAGAGAGAUCCAGGGAUUUUGAUAAUGGCGAAUCGACAUUUCUUCAAGCCUCUUCUUCCUGGUUUCCACAGACACUUGACGAUUCCUGAAGCCUUCUUCUUGACCCAUAUAAAAGGACAAAACAAGCAGAAGGCAGCUGAGCUAAGAUCAGACGCGUCAAAGAUAACCUGGAAAGUGAAGGUAGAAGAUGGCCAGAGACUCACUGAUGGUUGGAAAGAGUUCGUAGUCGCACACGAUCUCCGAAUCGGUGACAUUGUCGUUUUCAGACAAGACAAAGACAUGGGUUUUCAUGUGACACUGUUUGGACCCAGUUGUUGUGAGAUCCAAUAUGGAUCGUGUUUAGACGACGACAACAACCUCGGUGAGUUGUGCUCUGUCUCUCUUUCUAACUCUGCUCAUGAUUCUUGA